AUGGUGAAUCAAUUGGAGAACGCAGAGCAGUAUGGUGAUGAAGGUGAUAGGGAGUUUUUCACGUUGGUGGAUUUGAUACAGACGUGUCCGGAGCUUUCGGAGCUUAAAUACAAGCUUUCGAGAUACGAGAGGGGGAGUAUUCCGUUCUACAAGGCUUUGUUCAAGAAUAUGCCUUUGUCCAGUGGGACAGACUUUAAGCGGUACUUGCGGGAGCAAAGCAAGCCUGUGGCGGGGAGCGAGACGGAGGGGUAUGGGCCCAUAUACCGUAACUACUUCACGCACGAAGGGCGGUUGGUGGAUUGUUUGGACAAGACGGUGCGUACUGGUUACGAGUGCUUUAAUCUAUCUGUGGCGAUGUAUCCUGAGAAUAGGCUUUUGGGGUCACGUGUGUAUGAUCCGGUGUGCGGGAGCUGGGGGUCGGAGUAUGUUUGGCAGACUGUUCGGGAGGUCCAGAAGAGGUCGUUGAAUUUUGGGUCGGGGAUAUUGUCUAUAGUGAAUAUUAAACGGGGGAAGGAGUUGAGGAGUAAUGAUUUUAUUGUUAGUAUAAUGUCGCCCAAUCGAAGCGAAUGGGUUAUUACUGAUUUGGCAUGUCAGGCGUAUUCGUUAGCUAACGCGGCGUUGUACGAGACGCUUGGGCCGGAUACUUCGGAAUAUAUUAUGAAUUUGACGGAGGCCCCGGUAAUUGUGUUGGUUAAGAGCAAUUUGUUCAAGAUAUUCCAGUUGGUGGAUAAACUACCUAAUUUGAAUACGAUUAUCGUGAUGGAUGAGGAGGAUGCCGGGGAGAUUGCGUACAUCAAUUCGACGUUGUUGCCUUCUGUUAAGAAUAAGAAGGGGGAGAAGAUUUCAGUGUUCAGUAUGAAGCAAGUGGAGGAGGUUGGUGCUUUGAACAAUUUGGCGCCUAUUCCGCCUACGCCGGAGACGGUGUAUACGAUAUCGUUUACUUCCGGGACCACGUCGAUGCCUAAAGGUGUUGUUUUGACUCACCGGAAUUAUGUUUCAGCUGUUACGUUUUCGCUAUGUUCUGCAGGACUAGUGAUUCCAGGACAGGGAUACAGCAUGUGCUUUUUGCCUUUGACGCAUAUUUACCAGCGGCAAAUCUUUGGUUUUACGACAUUGUUGUCGGCGGGUUCAGGGUUCCUACACAAGCCCGACCCGGAAGUUUUAAUAGAGGAUCUGAAGAUUUUGAAGCCCCAUUAUAUUGCUUUGGUUCCCAGGGUGUUGACCAAGAUUGAGUCCGGGUUGAAAAAUACUUUUAGUACGGAGAUGUCUUCUAUCACCAAGAGUAUUGCGUCUACGGUUUUGGAGGCCAAGAAGGAGAGGUUUUUGAGUCGUGGUGGGCCCGAUGAUUCGAUUGUGAACUCCAUGGUGUAUCGGAAGCUAUUGAUUGACAAAGUUAGGGAUUCGCUUGGGUUGAGUAAUGUGGGCUUUUUGACGAUCGGGUCGGCGCCAGUGUCACCUGACACUUUGAUGUAUCUGAGGAGUGCAUUGGAUUUGGGGAUUAUGCAAGGGUAUGGUUUGACGGAGUCGUUUGCAGGGGCCUUUGUUUCGGAGGCUAACGAGAGGGAUGUUGGCUCUUGUGGGCCUCCAUCAGCCUCCUGUGAGUUUAAAUUGAAGUCUAUACCUGCCAUGAAUUAUGACGCUGUUAAAGAUAACAAGGGAGAGGUGUUUUUACGCGGGCCACAGAUUUUCAGAGAGUAUUUCAAGUCGCCUAAGGCGACCGCCGAAGUUGUUGAUAAAGAUGGUUGGUUUGCAACAGGAGAUGUUGGUUGGAUUGAUGGUAAAGGUAGAUUGCAUAUUAUUGAUCGUGUCAAGAACAUUUUUAAAUUAUCUCAAGGUGAAUAUCUUGCCCCUGAAAAGGUAGAGAAUGCUUACUUAUCCUCGACUCAUGCUUUGACCCAAAUGUUUGUUUACGGCGAUUCAUUAUAUAACUUUGCCGUUGGAAUUGUUGGAGUUGAUAUAGAAGCGUUCAAAGGUAUCAUUAAUCAUGUUGCACCUGAAUAUAGAACCGUUACGGGCUCUCAAUUACUUGAAGUGGUCAAUGGUAAUAUAUCUUUGAAGAAAAUGGUGUUACAGUAUUUGAAUUCUAAUGUUCAAGGUUUACAGGGGUUUGAAAAAAUAGGGAAUGUUUACUUUGACAUCGAACCCUUGAAAGUGGCCGAGAACACUUUAACUCCAACCCUUAAGAUCAAGCGUCCUCAAACGUCCAAGAGGUAUUCAUCCCAAUUGAAAUCCUUGUACGAAGAAGGUGCUAUUCUCAAGAAGGAAAAGUUGUGA